AUGGAGUCGAGAGAUGCACCGUUCGUAUUCAAGGAAACGCGCCUAAACCUUGAGCCAUCGUCCUCUGCCUUCGUCGCCAACAUUCGAGUGCCGGCCCCGUCAUCGCAUUCUAGAGGAGCGUACCGACGAUAUACGGGUAGUCAUGGGACGGAUCUGGAUGAAGAAACUACUUUUGCGCAAAAAAACCUGUCGCCAGCGUCGUCAAUCUUCCAGCGCAAGCUAUCAACAUCCCCCACCAGCUUCCUGUGGAGGGUUCUCGAGGAUGGGACCGUCCUCAGCGUUCGAGCCGUGGAUGUAUGCAAGCAAAACAAGACGCCCGACGCGUCCCUCGUGCUCAACUUCAAGUUCACCAUUCCGAUACAGCCCUCUUGCGUGGCCUUGACUGAACCCGACGAUCAUGAUGCGCUCUUCAUCUACGUCAUUGAUCAGUCGAAUCACCUCUAUUCAUUCUCUCUGCGGCCAGAUCUUUUUUGCCGCAGGUCAUCUCUCGAUUCUAAUAUUGGCGAUGUUUGCCGUGUGCACCUUCCCCCCUCACUGGCGUCUAGAUACCCCCAUCGACUGGUAGCCGCCGGCGCGAACACCCUGCUCGUUACCCUUCAUGACGGGGGUUUAGUUCGGCUUGAUAGGAACCAUGCUCACGACGCUUCUGCGAACCCCUGGAUCGAAUCAAACUAUAAUUCUCAAACGUGGGCACAAGGCCUUCGAAACCUCUUACCCAUCCGCGGAAGCAGCACAGUCAAGUAUGGGAAGAUAAACAUGGACUAUAGCGCUGCUGCGUCAGUUCACGUGUCAUCUUUGGGUCUGGACUAUUCGUUCCUGUUUACGGUGUGUAUUGAUCAUCGUAUGCGGAUAUGGAACCCCCGAACAGGACAAAUCCUCCACACGGUCGAUAUCUUGAAUGCCGAGAGAAAUCCCCAAGAGAUCGGGAAGUGGACAAUAGAUCCGUCCCAAACAAACCUGGUUCGCAUCAUUGAGACGGGUCCCGGCCGGGGCGUGUGCGUUACUUUCUCUCCUAUCGGUCCAGGCGAGUUCAAGUUUUGGAAAGUCUUGGCAAAAACCGAUUCCAACCUUAUUCUAGAGGAUGCUUACCCCAAUGACCACUUUAUCCCGAAUGCGCCAUCCCUCUCUGAUGCCUGGACGCUCGCCGAUUUUUCCAUCUCAGAGAUUGCUGACGCCCAACUGCACAUUUGGAUACUAUGGAAGAACAACACAACCUACCGCGUCCAAAGACUUCGGCUUACACUGACGGAGAUGACUGAGUCGUGGGAGUCGGGGAGUGAUGCCGUGUAUUUCGACUCUAGCCUUCCCACGGCUGAAACAUCCGGACCCUGUGACCCCAUCGAUUCCACUGAGAGGUGGCUCGAGGUGAUCCUUUGUCCUGGUCGUUUCACGAGGUCCACCUUAGAGACCGCGCUGGCUAUAUAUGAACGUGGCCUGGGGAAGAAGACCGAGGGCUCGUCCAAAGGGCCAAGGAGCCUACCGGAGUCGAUAUGCUUAGUCCUUGCGUCUACAGCCGCGUUGGAGCGGGGUCCAUCUGGCGGCAUGGACUAUGAGCAAUUCAGGUCGGCGAGCGAAAUUCACUGGAGACGAUUUUACCGUCUUCUGGUGGAGCUGGAUAAAAGGCGAAGCGAGGCCGUAUCCCUAGUGCUGGACUCGGCUGCGGACACGGCCUGGGUUGUGUGCGCCGACUUUGUCUCCGCGAUUCGCGAGUGUAGCCAACUGGAGAAACUUUACCACAACCUGUCUCGCCCGGAAGGCUCACAAAAGGAUGUGGCCAAGCUAGUUUCCACUGCUCUCUCUUUCUUGGAUGUUUUGCCAGACAACAUCAUGCAAGUAUGCAAUGCCGUGCUGCGCCCAGAGCUCUUCGAAGACACAACGAAAACGGACUUGGAGCGCAUCCAGUACUUCUCCGACAAAGCUGGGUUCUGGCGGGGCGUUACGGAAGAAGAUUGCAUUCCCGUGGUCGAAAAUCUGGGUCAGAAUUUUAACCUCGUGACUCUUGACUUAUACAACCAGAUUCUUGACCUUGUUGCGCCGGAUGCUUCCACUAACAGGAACAUCCGCCAUCCCUUGACCGAGUUUGGUAGAAAACUUGUUGUGAAAUCAGUCCAGGACAACUUGGCGCUGCAAUGGAAGGUGUGUUUCAGCCAGCUGAUCCUGCUGGUGCACAUGGAGUUCGAAUUUGAGCAAGAAGAGGACGCACUACAUCACAGAGUGGACAUUGGUACGGUCUUCCGAAGGCUAGUCGACGUUCUGCGCCGGCUCGAGCUCCUUCGCUGGCUCUCGAAAGCGGAAAUCUCUGUCCCACUGCGGAUGGAACGAGGUGGAGCGUCGUCUCCCGUAGCCUUGAAACGCGGGAACGACGAAAUGCAGACCAUCACAGCUUUGGAAGGCAGCGUCGGACAUCUCCUUGGGUUCGGCGAUGUUAAGCGCGAGCCGCUCGCUUCGAGCCUUACCGACAUCGUGGCUAGCCUUUGUUCGCCGGAGAGCGACAUUGAACUGUCACCAGCACAUAUUCAGUGCUUCCUCGUCAAGAGGGAUAGGGCGGACCUCGCUGCUGAACUCAUCCCCUUCAGUGACCGUACUCCAUUCUCGACAUAUGUUCAAGGCCGUGUAUUCCUCGCCUUGAGGGACUAUUCAUCGGCUUCUAUUUACUUUAAGAAGGCGGCUAUCGGUCUAAGCGUUGAAGAUGCUGGGACAGAUAGGCAUAGCGUCGGUCUUCUUGAUGACACCGAAUGGAACCUGCUUUAUAAAGGCAUGGCGAAAUACUACUGUCAUAUCGUCUCUAUCUUCGAAAAGGCUCGGGCAUACUCUUAUGUCGUGGAGUUCUCGCGGUUAGCACUUCAGUUCAUAUCCUCUACCAACCCGGCCGAAGCGCAGCUUAUUCGGGCCGAAAUGCUCAGCCGUCAGUUCAAUGCGGCCGUGGCCAUUUCUUCGUUCGACGUGGCACAUGCAGCCCUCCUGUCCAUGACGGAUCAGGCGGUGCAACACUCCAGCUUACGCAAGCUGAUUGACAAGAUGUGCGAAUCCUGCCACAACAUCGAACUCACUUCGCUCCCCUUCACCGGUCUCACAGCGACCGUUGAUGAUAUCCUCACCCAGAAAUGCCGCUCCUCCGGUGACGUUGUCCACGGCGUGCCUUACCACCAAAUCCACUACUCGUGGCGAAUCAGCCGCAACGACUAUAGGGGAGCCGCCUCCGUGCUUCUAGAAAGAAUACACAAGCUCCAGGCCGCCGGCGAGGGAGACAAGUUUGUCGGCGAGGAUGUCCUCGAUACACCCGUGACAAGGCACUAUCUUUUACUCAUAAAUGCUCUUAGUUGCGUCAACCCGAAGCAGGCGUGGAUCUUUUCCGAAGAGGUCAGCGACACCGAGGGUGGCGUGAAGCCUGGCAAGAGGAAGGUGGUGACGCUGGCGGAUGUGCGGAAGCAAUACCAGGAGGAACUGGACAGGAUUGCGGCUAUCCAGAAUGAUCAAUUUGGGUUCGAGGCAGAUGAUGCCAUGCAGAUUCUGUAA